AUGUACGACCUUGAACGACCAUAUGAGAUACAUUUAAUAUAUACGAGAACAUCACCCACAUCCAACUCUAUCCACAUCACCCUUCCCAAACUCUGUCAUAGCGGAGGUUUCCUAUUGCAGACCCGCAACAAGGCGCUGUCGUCCGGGGAGUCCCCCGGGGCCCCCACUAAGGCUCCUCCCCGGGCUCGCAGGCCCCUCGUCCGUGUGGACGCCACCACCUACCGCCCCCGCCUCCCCGCCGGUCCCCCCGCGCUGUCCCAGGCCUCCGAACAGACGCCGCACGCUCAGCGCCGCCGCGCCGACGACUACACCUCCCCUACACAACAGCUCAUACCAUCAGAACAGAAAUCCUUUGAGAUCCUACGAUCAGAAGAAAUCGAACAGCCGCCUCAUAUUCAACAUUCCAUCGUUGACGAUCCGAGUCUCGGCCUGCGGGGACUGGCGGCAGCAGGUCAACGAGCCCUAUCGACACAGGAGUUGUUAGAACAACAACAGCUGUAUGAGCAGCAGCGGGCGGCCCUACAGAAGGAACUGGAACAGUAUCGUCGGUUCCAGUACCAGCAGGAACCUCUGCAGUACGGGCUGCUCCAGCAGGAGAGGGAGCAGGGUCGUUAG